AUGGCUAACCCACCAGACCUCUCUGGACAUCCUCUAUUCGCGCCCAUAAAAGUGGGAAAUGUCAUGUUACAGCAUAAGAUAGUGAUGGCCCCACUGACACGGUACCGGGCCGAUGACAAACACACUCCUACAAGUUUGAUGGUCGAGUACUAUUCGCAGCGUGCGAGCACACCAGGAACUCUGCUUAUCACCGAGGGUACAAUUAUUGCGCCUCGUGCAGGGGGCUGCUACAAUGCUCCUGGUGUUUGGAAUGAAGCCCAAAUCGCUGCCUGGAAGAUGGUCGUAGAAGCGGUACACGCUCAGCAGUCAUUCGUAUUCCUCCAGCUCUGGGCACUUGGGCGUGCCGCUGAUGCUGCAGUUUUGGCCGAGGAAGCUGCAAAGGCUGGUGUCGAUGCUGAGACCUUUCCAUUUGUGUCUGCUUCAGAUAUUCCAGUUAGGAAACGCGACAGGAGCGUACCUGAUGUCAGGCCGCGGCCGCUUACUGAGGAAGAGAUUGACGAGUAUAUCCUGGACUACGCACACGCUGCAAGGAAUGCAGUGAUCAGCGCAGGAUUCGAUGGUGUUGAAAUUAAUUGUGCGAAUGGAUAUCUUUUAGAUCAAUUCCUGCAGGACGUCUCUAACGUCCGAAACGAUUCAUACGGAGAUUCUAUUUCUGCACGUGCCAAGUUUCCACUUCGUGUUCUGGACGCGGUGGUCUCCGCCGUCGGAGCAGAACGCACAAGUCUUCGCGUAUCCCCAUGGAAUGAAUACCUAGGGAUGCGUAUGGCAGACCCGCUACCUACCUUCUCGUACCUUAUAACCGAAGCACAUUGUCGGCAUCCGAUGCUUGCUUACCUUCAUGUUGUAGAAGGAGCCAGACAAGGCGACUCGAAUGACUUUGCUAGGAAUCUUUGGAAGCAGGGAAGGAAAGACGGCGAAGUGGUUUUCUUAAGCGCCUCUGGACAUGAUCGUGCUACCGCGCUGCAUCGAACGGAAAAUGGCGAUGUUGUUGUGUUUGGCAGGUGGUUCAUAUCCAAUCCAGAUUUACCACAUCGAAUAAAGGACAACAUCGAGUUCACACCAUAUGAUUACCCAACAUUCUAUGCACGGAUGAGUCCCAAGGGUUAUGUUGAUUAUGCAUUUGCUCAGGAUCCGAAUGUCCGAGAAUGCAAGGACGCAGAGAUGAACGGUCUGCCUGAAACCGCACCAUUAGCUGAAAGGGGUCAUCCAAAGCUCAGCGGAAUAUGGAAUGUGACGGCAGCGCAAGCAGGAGACGGCUAG